AUGUUAUCACUCUUCACACCCUUUUCUGUCCUCGUGUCCCUGCCACGCCUGUCUCCCUCCCUGCCAUCCCUCGUUACCUCGCCCCGCCCUUCCCUCGCCGUCGUUCCUGCCUCCCCAUCGCCUCCGCUCGCUUCCUCGCCCACCCUCGCUUCGUCGCUCUCCGGCCACGGCCGCCACAUCCGGAUGCCCAAAAUACAGCCCGUCUAUUCAAUAGUCCAAGCAGCAACAAGCGUCAACCCGACAGACGCACACCUUACCCUGCGUCUUGCUCGUACGUUAAUCUCACCUCUACCUAGUAGCUUGCCCUUGCAGUUUGAGCCCUUACAAACCUUUUACCCUGGAGCGCGAAAAUUUGCUUCUUCACAAAAACGCCCAGACGGGAUAAUUUCAACCCUCCCAAGGUUGCCGAAACCCAAGAUUGCCGAACAUGGAAGCCAAAAGCACACUGGCACACCGACACACCGACAUACAGAAUGA